GACUGCAGCGGUUCAAGGAGGCGCGCCACCCUCACCUUCUCAAGGGGCAACUAGGGACGGGCAAUAAAUACGGAACAACCAGUGAAGCUCAUAUUGUGUGAAUGAAUAAAAAGGGCUUAGCUCUAAAGAGGUGACCCUUGUGGACAGAUGAGCUACUUCAGAGAAGGACAAACUGCGCGUCUCCCAGUUUCUCAGUCCACACCACAAAAGCGGCUGAUUGACAUUUUCACAGCCCUGACUGUGGGAUCUUGCUGUGCGCUAAUGUGUUGUCGCGGGUUAGAUCAGUGAUUCCUCUUCGGAACUACCUCACUGACUUUGGAACACCCUGCAGGCAGGAAAAGGCGCCACACGAAUGCAACUGUGAGGUGCUGGACAGUGUGCUUGUUACUUGAGUGUGCGGGGGGGGGGGGGGGGGAGAGCUGGCUCCCAGGGAGGAGGACAGCACUGAGAGAAGCGCCGCCCCAGCCUCCUCCUCCUGCUGCUGCUGGUGUUGUUGUUGUUGUGAAUUUAAAUCGCUGCCGAAAGCGGGUACUCGCCGUUAAAGAGGCUCCGAGCCUGAGGAUCCCUCCGAGAGCCGAUUAGAAUCGGUGCGGGGACUGGAGAGCUGACUUUGUGUAGCUGCAGCUGUGUGUGUGUGUCCCUCUGUCUGUCCAUCGCGGUCCCUUUGGGGAUCUGUUUGCAUUGGUUUCCUUUCUGUUUCCGACUGUAAUCGAUGUGAUUCUUGUCCCCCCCCCCCGGCUGGGGGUCUGCCCCUGAUCCUGAUGCACUCUCCGGGCUGCAGUCCUCUCACAGCACACCCUCCCUCCCCACCCCGGGUCGACUCUAAUCGAUAUUCCGAUUAUUCCAUCGGCAUGUCCCUGGGAACAUCCGCCAAUUAAUCAGCGCACCAGGAAACUCGGGACUCACUGCCACGCUGCCCGCCUCAGCCCGAUUCUAAUCGAUACCUGGGGAGCGGGCGAGUUCCCAGUGAUGGUGCGAGAUCUCACUCUCCAAUCGGGAGGGAUCCGGCUCGCUCCUGCUCUCGGGAAUGCUGCUCUGAAGUUCUUGCAGACGCGCCGGGCAAUUCGACCAUGGGAGGCAGGCAGAGCAAAGGGAGGCAGCAGCUCCCAGAGGAGGCUGAGGGCGACCCUCCGGGCUGCAGGAGGAAGUCCCCAGGCCGGGACAGAGGAGAUUUCCUCCGGGGCUUGGUGCUGAAGUCCGGGGAGAGGUGCACCAGGAGCCCGGGCCCCCCCCCGUACCAGAGGCGGAUUGCUAUGAUUCAGGACAUGGCCACCCUGGCCAAGCAGGGCCGCCAGGAGGAAGCCUCCAACUUACUGAGGAGCCUGAGGCAGGAUUUAGGAAUGGAGUCAACUUCACUGGAUGAUGUCCUCUGCAGAUAUGCCAGUUUCCGGAAUCUGGUAGAUCCCAUCACUCAUAACCUGAUCAUCAGCCUCGCUCGAUAUAUCCAUUGCCCCAAACCGGAACGAGACUCAGUUGGAGCCAUGGAGAAGGUUUGCAGACAGCUGACCUACCACCUGAGCCCCCACUCGCAGUGGAGACCUCAGGGCCUCAUGAAACGGAAACCCCAAGCCUGUCUGAAAGCUGUCCUGUCUAGGAGCCCAGCCAACGAGACCAUGGACUUGUCUGGAAUUACCCUGACGCCCAAGGAUAUUGACCGAGCGGUUGUGUACUUGCAGCAGAAUCAGGAGCUGAUCAGCAACGUGGAGCUCUGCUUCACUGAACUGACUGAUGAAGGUUUCCUGCAACUACUGCCCACCCUCAGUUCACUCCCAAAUCUCAACAGCCUGUCCUUGAACGGGAACAAGCUAACCAGGGGCAUACUGAGGGAGCUAACAGAAACACUGAAGGACCUGGAGAAGUUCCCAAGUAUCACCUGGAUCGACCUGGGUAACAAUGUUGAUAUCUACUCACUGCCUCAGCCCUUCCUGGUCAACCUGCGGAGGCGAAGCCCCAAGCACAGUAAUCUGCCUACUAUCUUGGAGUUCGGGGAGAGCCAAGGCAGUGACCUGGAGAGCUCUGACGCUGACCCUUGUGAAAGUCCGGGCAACAGAACAGGAUCACCACAGGGACCUACAGUUCCCCUUCAGGCCCAGGCUGGGAUGGGGUCACCACAGGGACCUACACUUCCCCUUCAGGCCCAGGCCAGUGCGGCCAUGAGCAAUGAAGAGACCAUCCAUACUGAAGGUGACUCACCAGCCAAUCAAACCUGACAACGUG